AUGAAUAAAGAACCAUUCCUCGUCAUCCUGCUCGCCCGACUCAGUAAUGCUGUGGCUGUCGAGCAGGGUGGACUUAUCGACAUCCUACCCGCAACACACUGUUUCACCUACCUGUCAACCUACCUUGAGUUUGUCCCCCCCCAGACUGGUAUCCUGCCACAAAGCGCCAUUGUCACCAUGGUUGGAGGUACUGGCGUUACUGUCCUGGACAAUACGAUUGCGACGAUUCCUAAUAUCCUGCUCCAAAACGGUAUUACCACCGCAGUGGUUAGAGGUACUAGCGUUUCUGUUCUGGACAAUACAGUUUCGACAAUCCCUGAUAUCCUGCGCCAAAAUGGUGUUGUCACUACGGUUGGAGGUACUAGCGUUGCUGUUCCGCAAAGUACGGUUUCGACAAUCUCUGGUUUUGUGCCCCAAAAUGCUAUUGUCACCGCAGUGGUUGGAGGUACCAGCGCUCCUGUGCCAGACAAUACAGUUUCGACACUUCAGGGCGGCGCUAUUACUUCCCUCUACGCUAACAAUAUUAGCCCAACCAUCACCGGUAUGGUCAGUACGACUUCAAGGAUUUCAAGCGAAACUAUAAGGAUCUCUAGUGGCACUGCUUCCUUCUACGCCAACACCAACAUCCCAACCAACACCCCAACCAUCAUCACCAUCACCUCCCCCACUUCUUCUUACACCACCUCUUACUACACCACCUCUAACAUCUCCACUACCGUUCCUGUGACUCAGGACAUCAUCCUCCUCGUCGUCCCUCAAUUCAGCGUCAAGCAAAGAGGGCUCUGGAAGAGAGUUUUGGGUGGGUUUUUGAGUAAUGAUACCAACGGCAAUCAUGACAGCUGUGAUGCCGCCACCAUCUUCACCUUGUCCCAGGAUCAGCUUUUCGAAGCCGACAACCCCAUCUUCUAUAGCCCAGGCGAAACGUUUAAGCAGUUUCACAGCCCAGUCGUCACUCCCGAAUCCGCAAUCACUAAUACCUUCGCCAACGUCAGCGGCGUGCUCAGCUUCACCAGUCCAAGCAUCCCCGGCGGCCAGGCUGACUUCUGCCAAGACUCUACUGGCCAGGUUUUCAUUACUUUCACCACAAGGCCCGCUUACUGCAAGCCCGCCUUUCUUUAA